UUGUUUCUCAUGAAAAGUUCUGAUGGACUAACUCUGACCGGAUCAAACCGGACUACAGACCGAUCUAGCUUGGAUUAAAGAGUCAGGAUCAGCAGGACUCGGAGCGGGACUCGGACUCGGUGAGGGAUAGAGGAGACUGGACUCUGCUGCAGGUCUGCUUUCUGGGGUGUUUGGGUCCAGACCAUGGGUUGGUAGAACGGACUUUUGAGGAAACUUUUACUUUUGUCUCCAUGGAGAUGACUUUUUCCCGCCACCUGCGGAGCUGAUCACACUCUGAUCAGGUAUCGAUACUCUGUAUUGAUCGUGUAUUGAUCGGCGGGAUGGCCGCGCUCCUCCUGCUGCUGCUCGCGCUCUGGACCUGCGGACACGCCAAGAGCGCGUUCCCGCAGAGGAACUCCUACAGCCUGUAUUCAGGCGCGCACACGAACACGCACGGAGCUCGCGCCGCCAGCAGACACAGGAAUUGGUGUGCGUUCGUGGUGACAAAGACGGUGAGCUGUGUGGUCGAGGACGGAGUGGAAACGUACGUGAAGCCUGACUAUCAUCCCUGCAACUGGGGGAGCGGACAGUGCAGCAGGGUGGUGGUCUAUCGGACGUACAUGAAGCCGCGCUACAAAGUGGCCUACAAAAUGGUGACGGAUAUGGAGUGGAAGUGUUGCCAUGGCUACAGUGGAGAGGACUGUAAUGACAGUCCAGUCGGAGGAGCGGGAACCCAGAUAUCAACCACUAGACCUCAGCCCAGGCCGGGACAGGGAGGAGCUGGAGGGCAGGGAGGAGGAGGAGGAGGACAGGGAGGAGCAGGAGGAGGACAGGGGGGAGGAGGAUAUGGAGGAGGAGGAGGACAGGGAGGAGGACAUGGAAGAGGAGGACAGGGAGGAGGAGGACAAGGGGGAGGAGGACAGGGAGGAGGAGGAUAUGGAGGAGGAGGAGGACAGGGGGGAGGAGGACAGGGGGGAGGAGCAUAUGGAAGCGGCAGCUCUGGAUCUGGACACAGUGGCCGAGCAGAGAAUGAGAGGGUGAGGCAGCUGGAGGAGAAGAUCACGCACCUGACCAAGAACCUCCACGACCUUCAGACCACCAUGACCACCAUGAACGAGAACUUCCAACGAGAGGUCAACAAGCCAGGACGUGGUGGAGGAGGAGGAGGAUCGGGAGGAGAAGUGGGAGGAGCCGGCUCUUCAGGAGGAAGAAACCCCGCUGAUGCUGCUCAGCCAGAGAUUAAAGAGACAAUUAACAGCAUUCAGAACAAACUGGACCAGCUGGACAACCGCACACAGGCUCACGAUAAAACGCUGGUCAGCAUCAACAACCACCUGGUGAACGGGAAAGGGAACGACCUGGACGGAGGCGCGUCUGGAGGAGGACUGAGCGGAGGGAAGCUGAACUCGCUGAAGGAGGAGAUCCUGAGGGAGCUGGAGACGAGGGUGUCCCUGUCCUGCUCCUCCUGUCAGGCCGGUGUGGAGGAUCUGCGCAGACAGCAGCAGGUGGACAGAGAGAGCAUCCGAGCUCUGCAGAAGCAGCUAAAUGCCAUGGACGUACGGUACCGGCAGGGCCAGGACGGGCUGCGACGGGAGGUGCUGCGCUCGCAGGGCUGUUGUGACACUGUGGACGACCUUCAAAGACGUGUCACUGACGCCGAGCGCAAAAUCAGCUCGGCCUCAGAGAACUUUGAUCUCCUGAACAACCGCCUGGACAAGGAGCUCAGCGGGGCCGGUGGCAGCAGGGACAAGGAGGGAGGAGGUUUUGGGGGUGACGGUGGAGUUGGAGGAGGUGGUCAAGAUCCUUUUGGUGGAGGUUUUGGGGGUGGCGGUGGAGUUGGAGGAGGUGGUCAAGAUCCUUUUUCUGGAGGUUUUGGGGGUGGUGGUGGAGUUGGAGGAGGUGGUCGAGAUCCUUUGGUGACAAAGGACGGACUAGACAAUCGGCUGAAGGAACUGGAACGGCGGAUCAACAACACAGUGCAGGAGACCGAGAGGAGCUGCUCCUCCCUGGAGAACGACCUGAAGGAUUACUUCCACAGAGAGCUGGGAGACCUGAGGACGGUGUUCCUGGAACGCUUCGAUGACCAGGCCUACAGGAUCGCAGACGUGGAGCUGGACGUGGGGAUGGUGAAGGACAGGGUGAGCGACCACGACAAGACGCUGUCCAAGCUGGAAAACAACACCAUCGUCUUGAGCCGCAGGUUGGAGGAGUGCCGCUGUGGAGGCUCAGAAGGAGGCGGAGGUAGCGGUAGCAGCGGCCGAGGUGAUGGAGGAGGUUGGGGAGCAGGAGGAGAGGGAGGACAAACAGGAGGAGGAGGUGGUGGUGACAGGGGAGCAGGAGGAGAGGGAGGACAAGGAGGGACUACUGGAGGAGGAAGAGGAGAUGGGGGAGCAGGUGGGGGGGGAGGAGGAGGAAGUCAAGGAGGUAGAGGAGGAACCACAGGAGGAGGUUCAAGUGGUGGAUUGUCUGGGAUGGGAGGAGAACGAGAAAAUACAACAAAUAAAUCAUUCGAGUGGAGAGUGAUCGCCAACGAGGAUCAGAUCCGUCACUUCAGCACCCGGCUCAAAGACCUGUCGGUGUCUGGAGACUCUCUGCUCGACAAGGUGGUGGACCUGAGCCAUGACGUCCGUAAGAUCAAAGCUCUCACGGGCGAUCACGGCGAACACUUCAACCGCAUCGUGACGGAGGUGGAGAUGCUGGGCCACGACUCUGAGCUGUGCCAGAAGGUGGAGGACGAGCUGCGGAAGCUGAAGAAUCAAUCCCAGGAUGCACUGGGGCGCAUGCAGAGCCACAUCAACAGGAUCCACUUCCGACUGGAUUCGGGGAGAGAAGGCUGCUCUCAGGUCUGCUCACACCUGGAGGACGAAGUCCGCCUGCUCAGAGACGACGUCCGGAGGUGCACCGGCCAAUGUAAAAGCGGCCCGGACACUCCCACAGGUGGUGGUGCUGGCAGCACUGGUGGGACUGGUGGACGGGGACCUGGUUUGGAUGCUGAGAAGCCUUUAGACGGCCACAGCGUCAUCGGAGGCUCCAUCAACAACAACCAGCUGAAGACUCUGCAGGGCGAACUGUCUGAAGUCAUCCUCACCUUCAGCUCCAUCAACGACACUCUGAAGGGGCUGGAACACACGGUGCAGAAACACGGCAGCGUCAUCACCGACCUCGGAAACACCAAGGAUAAGAUCAUCUCUGAGCUGGACAAAAUCCAGGAAGAGGUGACGGAUCACAUCGAGGACAGCCGCGAGCGUCUGGACGGGAUGGACCGGGACGUGCGGCGGUUUGAGAGCACACUCUUGGUGGAGAUGGGAGACUGUAAGAGGUCCGGAGACGGGCUGGAGAAGAGGCUGUCCAAGCUGGAGGGAGUGUGUGGGAGGCUGGAUAGUGUCUCUGACUCCAUCCACAAGAUCAAGGAAGGACUGAACCGACAUGUUUCCAGUUUGUGGACGUGUGUUUCUGGUCUGAAUGACACGGUCAUCCAUCACGGAGGAAUCAUGGACAUUGUUCAAAAGAACCAGGACGACGUCUACACCAGGAUGAAGACUUUGAACUCGAGUGUGAACCAAGUCAUCAAAGACCUGCAGAGCUUCUCUGAGCACGACUUGACUGGCCUGCCUGGACCUCCAGGACCACAAGGAGAGAGGGGCUUCAACGGACUGCCAGGUCCACGAGGAGCUCUUGGACCUCCUGGACCUCUCGGACGAUCAGGUGAAAGUGGACUACGAGGUCUACCAGGUCCCAAAGGUGAAACAGGGCUACCUGGUGCCGAUGCUCACAUACCCAGACUGUCGUUCUCUGCUGCUCUCACUGUCCCCAUGGAGAGAUCAGGAACCAUCGUCUUUGACAAGAUCUUUGUUAAUGAAGGAGACUUCUACGACCCAAGAACAGGUAUUUUCACUGCUCCAGUAGACGGACAUUACUUCUUCAGUGCCAUCCUGACGGGUCACAGGAACGAGAAGAUUGAGGCUGUUUUGUCCAAGUCUAACUACGGCAUGGCCCGGGUGGACUCCGGAGGCUACCAACCUGAAGGUCUGGAGAACAACCCUGUGGCUGAAGCUAAAACCACUCCUGGAUCUCUGGCUGUCUUCAACAUCAUCCUGCCUCUGCAGACCCGUGACACGGUCUGCAUCGACCUGGUGAUGGGCAAACUGGCUCACUCUGUAGAGCCCCUCACCAUCUUCAACGGCAUGCUGCUGUAUGAAGACAUGUGAAGAGUUCAUACUGGAUAACCAGGACAACCCUGUUUAAGACUCAUGACAAACCCACAGGAGGCUGCACCCUGAAGUAUGAUGUCACUUCUUCUUUCAGGAGUGUUUUUAUGCUGAUGACAGAAUAUUUUAAACAAAUGUUCACGCCCGAAGAGAGAUCACUUGUUCCUAACAGAACUUUGACUGAUUUUGUGUGUUUUUUUAAUUUUAAAGAGAGUGUUUUUCACUUCACAUCUGGACGAUUGAACGAGUCAAUUUAUUCAUCUGACUGGUUUAACCAGUCCGCUAAAGUGAUGUGGUCCGAGGACCUGAAGUCAGAGCAGCACUGUGAAGACAGAAGUGCCCGACAACCAGGACCAGCUGUUCCUUGAAGCCUCUUACUGCUGCUAUGUGGAAUUACACAAACUCUUGUGUGGAACCAUUUCAGCGUUCACAGUGGAAACUGCAGUUAGCACCCUCUACAGGCUACAGAGAUUAUUACAGCUUCAAUGUGAACCAACAAAGUCCUCAUUGCUUCUUGCUUCUUCUUAUUGUGUCCUAAUUCAAGGGUAGCAUCCUUCCAAGGGCCCAGCCUAUGAAGGAAAAAGCCUUCAUGUUCAGCGUCGACCUCUCAGGCCCAUUAGAAAUAAAACGGUCUGGUCUUCAGAGGAAUCCCUGUUUGCAUCACCAGCUGUUCCCUCCCUUACUUCCCUUAAAGCACUGCCCUUGUCACCUAGCAGCCUUGACUGCUGCAUCAGAACUUGUUAACAUAACUUAGAUGAUUUGAAGUUUCAAAGCCCCCCUUUUAUUUUGUAGUAUAGGUAGCUAUUUGAUUGAGUUAAAAAUCAAUUCCUCACAACUAAAAGUGUAUUACUUGGCCAUUUGGGAGUAAGCAGUUUGAAUUGGUGUGCACCUUGGGAUAUAUUGGGCCACUGAGGAUGUUCUGGAAGGACCUUGAGUGGUUUGGUGAGAAGGACGCAUUUGAAGGAGGCUUCAAAAUGGGACAGUUACAGUCACUCAGCUGUGAUGUUAUCAGUGUUGAAAUGCACGCCCUGAGGGAUGGAGCCCCUGAAUUGGGACACAGCUAGAGCCUCACUGAUGGAGGUUAAAAAAAAGUCCUGAGGGUGGCGCUGCAGGAAACAUUAUGAGGUCACUUUGAUAAACAAGGCCCAUCUGGAGCAGGAAGUUGAAGUGAACAUUUAUUGAUGAUCUGACUGUCAUGUGUUAAGAUAUCUGACAGUUGUUGAUCUUUGGACUGGUAGAUGUGAUUAUGGAUUAAAAUGUUGGGACAGACAGAUGGACGCUCAUCUUAAACCCUGCUCCUGGCAGGUCUGAAGUCAUGGCAACAAAUGGCGGUGUGACUUUAAAAACAAACCAGGCUUUUUGCUCUGAAGCUCUAUAAAAGCAGAAUGUGUGUUCUGUUUGAUUUAACGACUGAAAUGAGUUCAGAUUGUGAAUGUUUUAUUAUAAGAUGCACCUUUUAUUGUUAUACCUGUAUUUGUAUGUCAAAUAUCACAUAGUUCACAUAAAUGUUAAAAUACUUAAGGACAAGGAUGGAAUUACUACAUUUUUUCUAGCUUUAACAAAUCCCUUUAAACCAGAGAUGGCAAAAAAAUAAAAAAAACAUCAUAUGCUUUACUUAAGUUAAUGUUGCCACAGUGUACACAUACUGCUUCCUGAAUGUUUUUCACAAUAAAACAUCGAGACGAUUGUUCAGGAAAUGUCCUUUGUGAAUUUAAAGUAAAAUGACGAAAAUUAAGUUCUGUGUCACAGAAAUAAAAAGUAAAGUAAGAGG